AAAAACCACCACCGAAGAAGAAAGUUUUCCCCACAAAAAAACAAAACGACCUCCGGAUGCAGUCUGUGCUUGUUGAAAACACAUGACGAGACAACGUGCCAAGAAACUGAGCGUCUGUAUUCACCGAUGAGAAAGAUCAAGUGAAGGACUGAUGAAUAGAGUUAUGGGAACUGAGAUGUAGCCUCUGUGCUGUUGUAUGCUGUUGGAGCUCUGUGCCUCAAGUCCAGUUCCAAGGCCCUUAACACGUUUGGAGGGAUUUCAAGAAGACUGCCACUGGUCAGAGAGCGAGCUGCAUCUUUGUAGGCAGCUGAUCUGAUGGUUCAGCUUGUUACCAGCCAUUUGAAUAAUUCCAUUUUUGCUAUUGCUGGCUGGACUACAUAAAUGACGGCAUGUUACCAUAACUCUACCAUUUAGUGCUGUAACCCCAAACUUCGUGGACCUUCUAUUAAAUGGCUAACCACAUGUCCAAUCCCAUGAAAAAGCCCUAUACCCAAGGGAAGAAAAUAUCAUCCCAGGGGCAAAAUGAAUUAUCUACACAGCAAGCAAACGAGGAUCCUUCAAGGGCAGUGCUACGUCUUUGGCCUGGAUCUACCUUCUGCACUCCCACAAACCUUACUGGAAUUCCUGCCAUGCCAGAGAAGGGAGUCCCAGUAUCGUCCUCUUUGCCAGUUUGUGACAAGCUAGAAACAACUGGGACCUUUUUGGCCAAAGGCUCAAAAAGUACCUUGAGCAUUUGUGCCAGAGAAGAGACGCAACAACCUGUUGGUCAUGCUUCUUUCUUUACCAGCACUCAUAGUCACAUUUUAUCUUCUUUGACCACAGGGAUGACCACCAAUCCAGUGUCCUCAACCUUUCAAGGACAUAAGCAAAUCAGUGUUGGUAGUGACAGUAGCUCCUUUAAUUGUUGGCCAAACAAUGAAAAUGCAUCUGAAUUUUCCUCCAAAUUUCCUUUAAAUUCAUCUGAUGAUGGUCCUUCAGUAGAACAGCUUGUAGCCACAGACCUCAAUCCACAAUUAGCUGUAAACAUUUUAAUGAACUAUGGACUUGGCGAAGAGGACUUGGAUGAACUUCUUAGCUACCCUGAGGAUCAAACCACUGCUGAGAACUUACCCAAUACAUUGCAUGAACUUCGCAUGAAGAAGAUCAGGAGAGCUUCAGCUUCACCUAAAUCAUAUCCUGGCGUUUCAUCUCAACCCACAUUUGUCAUGGAUAAAGUUGGCAGACUGGAUGAAAUCCCCCAAAACAGUCAUAGACCAAGUAAAGUGGUUGACCCAGGACAUUCUGGCAAAUGUUUUUCAGAAGUUGAGGAUAAAACUGAUGAGACUAUUUGCCAAACGGACAAGUCUGAUAAAAACAUGUUGCUAAUUGAUGGUUUGAAGAGUAGCGGCAACAAUAACGAAGUUCCACAAAAAAGAUUGACAGAGGUGGAGAGCAGUAGUGAGAUGAGCAAUAUUGUGGCUACUCCAAGCAGUAAUCCAACUAAACCGCAGACCUCACCCAACCAGACUUCACAAAAAGUAAUCACCAUUUUGUCUUCUUCAGAUAAAUAUAAAGACAUGUUGGAGCCCAGGCCUGAAGUCUUAAAAUCUGUUCCUUCAGAAGAACCAGUUCAUCAUGCUCCAUCAAAAACUGUGCCAGCCAGCAGUCCAGGCCAGAGUGUAAAUUCUGGUCAUUCUGGUGUCUUACAGGUGAUCAGUAAAGAUAAAAGUUUUGUGAAAAGUCAAACUAAAACUCAACAAGGUUCAAACAUGACUGAGCCUGGGAACCAGCCUAUUCAACAGAAAAUGGUGCAGAAGCCAUCAGCUUUACAGAUAUGGGAAGCCCUUCAACCUGCAUUUCCUUUUAAUGUAAAACCAGUUCCUAAAUCUUUUUCCUUUCCCUCGCCUUCUGUUGCCUCACAUUCCAUUCAACCUCCUGUAUUCAUCGGCAAUGAUCCCGGCCCCAGCAUUAUUUACUCAUCUCAGCCAGUCAGUGAUCUGAGCUCCACUAGUAUGUCACGCUCUAGACAACCUUUUCUAGCAAAGAAUCCAACCUUCGAGGGUCUUCCACCACUGGCCAUGAUGCAUGAUUUUGCUGCAGUCCCACCAAGAAUAUUUCCACACACCUGCUCUUUAUGUAUGGAAGAGUGUGAACAAAUGAAGGAUUGGAUGAUCCACCAAAACACAAACCUGCACCUUGAGAACUGCAAACGCUUCAGAGAACGAUACCCUGAGUGGGAUGGAGAGCUACCACGAUUUCCCAGUGCCUUAAGUAGAAGUGCUGAGACUCCACCACCAACUUCUGCCCAUAUUUCCCAACAUCACCAAAAAGCUGGCCAUGAGAGUUCUUGUUCCCGCUCGCACAGUCCCUACAGCUCAGGAAAUAGAUAUAGGAAAUCUAGAAGUAGCUCCAGUUCUUGCUCAUCUGGAUAUCGCCAACACAGGUCAAGAGAUAGAAGGGUCAAAUCCUGCAGCUCCGGUUCUCGAUCCUGCUCACGUAGCCCUCGAAGACGUCGAUCAAGAGAAAGAAGGGCCAAACCCCACAGCUCCAUUUCUCGAUCCUGCUCACGUAGCCCUCGAAGAUGUAGUUCAAGAGAAAGAAGGCCCAAACCCCGCAGCUCCAUUUCUCGAUCCUGCUCACGUAGCCCUCGAAGAUGUAGUUCAAGAGAAAGAAGGCCCAAACCCCGCAGCUCCAGUUCUCGAUCCCGCUCACACAGCCCUCAGAGACGCAGUCCAAGAAAUAGAAGGGACAAAUCAAGUAGUAAUUCUCGCUCAUCCAGCCCUCACCGGCAAUACCGCACUGAAGGUCAAAAAGGGAAAUAUGGAAAAGGACCACGAUCACCUCACAGAGCCAUCUAUAGAAUACGAUCACGUUCAGCUAGCCCUGAAAGGCAGUCAUCACCAAGAAGAACUUACAGGAAACUUCAGCACCCUGAGACGUUGAAGCCAAGAAAUUACAAAAGACCGUCACCAACCAGCUUUAAGCAACAGUUGUCAUCAAGAAGAGACGAGGAGAAACACCUGCAGCCAAAAAAGAGUGACGAGGACUCUGCAUCGUUCAAAGGUAGCCGUAAAAGACGGAUGUCCCUAGAGGAAUCAUCCUCCAACAAAAAGAAGUUGCCUGGUAUUAAAAAGUUGACGGACCUUCUCCUUGAAAAUCCAGUUGUCCAGUCUCUGUCAGGAAAGCCAGACAUCAAGGAUGUGGUUGAACGGAUGGUUCCUUUUGUUUUGGCUGAAUUAGCCAACAAUACGACUUCUUCAUCAUUACCAUCCUCCUCCUCAUCAGUUCCCUCACAGGAUAAAAAGAGAAAUGCUUCACCCUCUUCGUAUGGUGGAAGUAACUCCUCAUUCUCCUCUAAAAUAUCAAAGAAGCAUCCUACUAUCCAGAAGUCUGAGAGAAGCUCAUCUUCUAAAUCCAAGACGGUUGCUUAUGAUAAGCCUUCACCUCCAACUAUAGUGAAACUCAAAGGGGUGUUUGAUCUUCUCUCUCACAAUGAUGUGGUUGCUGCUGUGAAGCCCUUUGGAAAAACCAAAUCAGUCUUGCUGCUGAAAUCUAAACAGGAGGCAACUGUAUGUUUUGAAAAAGAGAAAAAUGCUGAAAAACUGAGGAGUGUGAAGAGCAUUGAUGUGAAAGGAGUGACCCUCACUGUUGUUCCGAAAAGGGGCAGUGUUCCUAAGAGUGUGUCUCCUGCUUCUACAGAGGAUCAGAUAAAACAAACUAAAGAGAAAUCCACCGUGCCCAGUGAGUCAUGUUCUGCUGAAAAGUUAGUUCUACUCCAAGGAACAUCACCUGUAUAUUUACCAGCCGAACCCAAACCAACAACUUCAUUCAAAAAGAAGAAAAAAGUCUUGGCUACCAAAGGAAAAGAUGAAGUGGCUGUAAAAAGAGCAGUGAAAGACGGCAAAGAGGAAGAUGGAUGUUCUGGUGUUAAGCUGAAGAACCCAGCCAAAGUUAAAAAGAACCUGAUUGUCACUAAGGCAAAGCGCAAUGCUUUAAAAUCACAUAAAACUGUACAAACAGCAACUGUGAUGAAGAAACGGAGAGUAAAAACUGCCAAUUCUGCUGAAGCUGAAAAGUCUAUGAAAGUUGAGUUAAGUAGAAGUCAGUCACUCAUCGGUGAGACAGCUGAAGAGGCCGCAGUGCCAUCAGAACCCACAUCAUCAAUAAACCAGCCGGAUGGCUCCAGGACUCCCAUUACGGACAACAUUACAGAACCGCUGCUCGUCAGGCAGGUCUCAAUACCAGAUUCAUCUGCUGAAAACCCAACGGUUGACCCAAAGACUUCUGGAAGCUCAGCUAGCGCUGCUUUGGAGCCCCCCCUGAUUGUCAUAGAGGUGCACACAAAAACAAAUCCUACAGAUGCCAUAGCUCAUGGAGCAGAAACCAAACCAACGAUGAAAACAACGGAACAGGCGCCCGCUACCGUUGCCACAUUCACACCAGAGACCUUCCUGACUAUUGGGGACAAGAUAGAGUGGUACCUGAGUCCACAUAAAUUUAACUGCGUCACUGCCCAAAGCAUCCUGUCAUCUGGAGUUUUUACAUUUGACUCAACUCUGCUGUUAAUAACAAACCUGCCGGAGAAAGCCCUCUUCACUGAGGCCGACCUUGUAAAUCUGCUGAGCAGGUUUGGUUUGGAGAACGAACACGACAACAUCUACAUCUUCCCUCAGCUCCACAUGGCUUUUGCCCUCAUGCCAAAUGAGCAUUCAGUGAGGUCCAUUUUAAAAGCAUCGGUGAACAACCACCUCUUCUUCAGACAGAAUAAACUCUUUUUACACGUUGUGAAAAAUGACAUUUUAAUGACUCCGCUCUGGUUUUAUAAAGCUCUGAUGAGUCUAACUCCUCUUGGCGGUAAAACCAAUGGACAGAAUUUGGUCUACAUCCGUAACAUCUCACCAAGUGAAGUCCAAGAUCUCCGAGAAGUUUUGAAAAAAAUAGGUUCCGUCACAAACUUCCUGCCUCUUCUCAAUAAGGUUUUUAUUGAAUUUAAAUCCAUGCACGAUGCCGAUCGGCUCGGAGUUUGGUACAGUUUCCUGAAGAGAGGCUUCACCCACAUAGUUCACAGGUUGAAGACGCCACAGAGCAACAGGAGAACAAAGUGCCCAGAGCUGCCGAUGAAUGCUCUGCCAGACAAGAAGCUCAUCAUUCCCGGGGCAGACGUACCGAACGCAAAAUACGGCAUUCCUCACGGCACGACGCCACCAUUUUGGAUCACCAUGACAACCAUUCCUUAUGUUUUCUCAACUGCAUGUCCUUGGUUCAAUGUCCCAGAUUUCCUGACCAUCCAAGGAAAGCAGGACCGCGUGACAAACCACCAUCCAGGCUCUGGGUACUGUACGGUCAUGUUGACGGGUCUACCUGAAGGAAACUACACACACGAGGACGUUGCCAGGCUGGUGUGGCGGUAUUUCCCCAAAAAGAACCUCCAGACUCUCUACUACAACAUCCUGGUCCUUCCACUGCAGCGGAGGGCUUUUGUGUAUUUCUGCAGCCAAGAGGCGUGCUGCCGUUUCGUUCGUUUUCACAUCAAAAGGCCGCUUGUUCUCUGUAACGUUCCUCUCCAAGUCCAUUUCGUCUUACAGGACCUUCGUCAUGAACCCCGUGAGGAAAUCAUGUACAGAGUUCUGAUGAAAUGGAGCAACUCUUACGUACCAGAAUUGAACUUCCUGGAGAAUCGCCUACUGUGUGUGGAGCUCUCUGAAGUGAACAUGGACCUCAUUUGGAGGGUCAUAAAAGAAGUGGCAACCAUGAGUUGUUUUCUCAACUUCCUGCCUCUUGCCAACAGGAUUUGCAUCGAGAUGGUUGAGUCCAGUGGGGUAAAGAAAGUGCUGGAUGAGAUUGACCAGAGAGGGGAUUUAUUGACGCACAAAACCUGGGCUAAAGUUCGGCACGUUGAAUCCUUGAAUGGUCUAAAACAACGUUUACGGGACACCAGUGAGAUCACACUAAACCUUGAGAGGGACAAUGGUGCUAAACCUAAAACUGGAGCUCAGCCUCGCCUCUCUGAUGAAGCAAAAGCUGAUUCUGAGAAACCAGCCACGUCUGACACAUCCAUGGUGUCACAGUCUGAAGCUGUGUUGCAGAAAAGCCCUGCUAAGGUUUCCGCAUCUCAGAAAAGGCCAGAGAGAGGAGCUGCAGAACCUUCCAAGGUUUCUACUUUUGGGAAUGAACCAGAGGAAAGAACUCCAGAAGCCUCCAGAGUUUCUAAAUCAGAGACGAAGUCUGACAAACAAUCAGCGAUACCUUCAAAUGUGCCUAAAUCUAUUGGAUCUUUCACUUUAAAAUUUGAGAACAAGUCGGGAGAAGUUGAAGCCGAAAUGCUCAACACUUCUCAACCUGAGAUUAUGUCCAAAAAUCAACCAGCCAAACCUUCAAAUGUUCCUAAAUCUGACAACAAGCCACAGAUGAGAGCCAAGGAGACUACAAAAGCUUCCCUACCAGACAAACCAGCCAUGAAACCUUCAAAUGUUUGUAAAUCUGUGAAUAAACCAGAGGAACGAGCAGCAGAACCUCCCACCAUUUCUAAAUCUGAAAACAGGCCAGAAGAGGGAGUCACUGAAACCCUUAAAGCUCCUAUACCUGACAAACCAGCCCCAAAACCUUCAAAUGUUUGUAAAUCUCAGGAUAAGCAAGAGGGACCUCUCAGAGCUUCUAAACCUGAGGUUCUACCCAACAGUCAAUCAGCAAAACCUUCAAAUAUUCCUAAACCCCAGAACAAGCCAGCAGUGAGAGUGGUGGAGAUGACAACAGCCUCUGAAUUUGAGGUUAAUCCUUACAAACCAGCCACAAAACCUUCAAAUGUUUCUAAAUCUGAAAAUCAGCCAGAAGUGAGCGCUGCUGAACCCACCAAAGCUUUUAAACCUCAGAUUAAGCCUGACGAACAAGCUAAAGUUUCCAAAUCUGAGUCAAAAUCUGAGGGAAUAGCUAUAGAACCUUCGUGUGGUUCUACAUCUAAAAACAAGCAAGACGGACCAUCAAAUGUUUCUAAAUCUGAGAUUAUUCUCAACAAACCAGCCAUGAAACCUUCAAAUGUUUCUAAAUCUCAGAAUAGGCAAGAGGGACCUCUCAGAGCUUCUAAAUCUGAGGUUCUACCCAACAGUCAAUCAGCAAAACCUUCAAAUGUUCCUAAAUCUGACAACAAGCCACAGGUGAGAGCCAAGGAGACUACAAAAGCUUCCCUACCAGACAAACCAGCCACGAAACCUUCAAUUGUUUGUAAAUCUGUGAAUAAACCAGAGGAACGAGCAGCAGAACCUCCCACCAUUUCUAAAUCUGAAAACAGGCCAGAAGAGGGAGUCACUGAAACCCUUAAAGCUCCUAUACCUGACAAACCAGCCCCGAAACCUUCAAAUGUUUGUAAAUCUCAGGAUAAGCAAGAGGGACCUCUCAGAGCUUCUAAACCUGAGGUUCUACCCAACAGUCAAUCAGCAAAACCUUCAAAUAUUCCUAAACCCCAGAACAAGCCAGCAGUGAGAGUGGUGGAGAUGACAAAAGCCUCUGAAUUUGAGGUUAAUCCUUACAAACCAGCCACAAAACCUUCAAAUGUUUCUAAAUCUGAGAAUCAGCCAGAAGUGAGCACUGAUGAAUCCACCAAAGCUUUUAAACCUCAGAUUAAGCCUGACGAACAAGCUAAAGUUUCCAAAUCUGAGUCAAAAACUGAGGGAAUAGCUAUAGAACCUUCGUGUGGUUCUACAUCUAAAAACAAGCAAGACGGACCUUCAAAUGUUUCUAAAUCUGAGAUUAUUCUCAACAAACCAACCACGAAACCUUCAAAUGUUUCUAAAUCUGAGAAUAAGCCAGAAGUGAGCACUGCUGAACCCACCAAAGCUUUUAAACCUCAGAUUAAGCCUGACGAACAAGCUAAAGUUUCCAAAUCUGAGUCAAAAUCUGAGGGAAUAGCUAUAGAACCUUCGUGUGGUUCUACAUCUAAAAACAAGCAAGACAGACCAUCAAAUGUUUCUAAAUCUGAGAUUAUUCUCAACAAACCAGCCACAAAACCUUUAAAUGUUUCUAAAUCUGAGAUUAUUCUCAACAAACCAUCCAUGAAACCUUCAAAUGUUUCUAAAUCUGAGAAUAAGCCAGAAGUGAGCACUGCUGAACCCACCAAAGCUUUUAAACCUCAGAUUAAGCCUGACGAACAAGCUAAAGUUUCCAAACCUGAGUCAAAAUCUGAGGGAAUAGCUAUAGAACCUUCGUGUGGUUCUGCAUCUAAAAACAAGCAAGACGGACCAUCAAAUGUUUCUAAAUCUGAGAUUAUUCUCAACAAACCAGCCACAAAACCUUUAAAUGUUUCUAAAUCUGAGAUUAUUCUCAACAAACCAUCCAUGAAACCUUCAAAUGUUUCUAAAUCUGAGAAUAAGCCAGAAGUGAGCACUGCUGAACCCACCAAAGCUUUUAAACCUCAGAUUAAGCCUGACGAACAAGCUAAAGUUUCCAAACCUGAGUCAAAAACUGAGGGAAUAGCUAUAGAACCUUCGUGUGGUUCUACAUCUAAAAACAAGCAAGAUGGACCUUCAAAUGUUUCUAAAUCUGAGAGUAUUCUCAACGAGCCAGCCACAAAACCUUUAAAUGUUUCUAAAUCUGAGAUUAUUCUCAACAAACCAGCCAUGAAACCUUCAAAUAUUUCUAAAUCUGAGAUUAUUCUCAACAAACCAGCCAUGAAACCUUCAAAUAUUUCUAAAUCUGAGAUUAUUCUCAACAAACCAGCCAUGAAACCUUCAAAUAUUUCUAAAUCUGAGAUUAUUCUCAACAAACCAGCCACGGAACCUUUAAAUGUUUCUAAAUCUGAGAUUAUUCUCAACAAACCAGCCACGAAUCCUUCAAAUGUUUCUAUAUCUGAGACAAAGCCAAAGGAAAAAACUGGAAAACCUUCCAUUUUGUCUUCAUUUGAGAACAAGCCAGGGAAAGAAGCUGCUGAAGCUCCUAGAGAUGCUAAACCUGAGGUUAUUCUUGACCACCCAUCUACAAAACCUCCAGAGGUGUCUUUGUCUGCGGUUAGACCUAAAGAAAGUGCUCCAGAAACUCCCAAAGCUUCCAAGUGGGAUCAGCCAUACUCAAAACAUUUAAAUGUUUGUAAAUCUGUGAAUGACCCAGAGAAACGAGUGCCAGGACCUCCCACCAUUUCUACAUCUGACAACAAGUCCGAAGAGAGACUCACUGAAACCCCUAAAGCUCCUGUACCUGACAAACCAGCCACGAAACCUUCAAACAUUUCUAAAUAUAUGAUUAAACCCGAGGUAAGAGCUGCAGAAUCCACCAAACUCUCUAAACCUCAGAUAAGGCCCAACGAACAAUCUGUACAACCUCUCAAAGCUUCAAAAUCUGAGUCAAAAACGGAGGGAAUGGCUGUAGAACAUUUAUUUGGUUCUAAAUGUGAAAACAAGCAAGAGGGACCUUCUAAAUCAUCUGAAACUGAGGCUAUUUUCAACAAAGCAGCUGCAAAACUUCCAGACGUUCCUUCAUCUAUGGUAAAACCUGAGGACAGCGCUCCAGAAACUCCCAAAGCUUCUAGGUGGGACCAACCAGUCCCAAAACAUUUAAAUGUUUGUAAAUCUGUGAAUAAACCAGAGGAACGAGCGCCAGAACCUCCCACCGAAUCAGAAGAGAGAAUCACUGAAACCCCAAAACCUGUAUCUGACAAACCAGCCACGAAACCUUCAAACGUUUCUAAAUCUAUGAUUAAACCUGAGGUAGGAGCUGCAGAGCUCACCAAAGUUUCUAAACCUGAGAUUAAGUCCAGCGAACAUUCUGUAGAACCUCUCAAAGCUUCCAAAUCGGAGUCAAGGCCGGAGGGAACGGCUAUGGAACCGUUGUGUGGUUCAAAACCUGAAAACAAGCAAGAGGGACCUCCUAAAGUGUCUAUGCCUGAGAUUAUUUUUAACAAACCAGCUGCAAAACCUUCAGAUGUUUCUAAAUCUGGGAUUAGUGUUGGAGAAAAGGCCACAGAACCUUCCACUGUUUAUAAACCUGAGGCAAAGCCAAAGGAAACGGCGGGAGAACCUCUCACUGCGUCUUCGUUUGAGGACAAGCCAGGGAAAGGAGCUGCCGAAGUCCCCAGAGUCAGUAAACCUGAGUUUAUGCCAGACAAACCAUCUACAGCACCUUCAGAUGUUUCUACAUCUACGGUUAAACCUGAGGCAAAGCAAAAGGCUGGAGAACCUCGUGUUGCGUCUUCAUUUGAGAACAAGCCAGAGAAAGGAGCUGCAGAAGUCCCCAGACUUACCAAACCUGAGGUUAUGCCGGACAAACCAUCUACAGCACCUUCACAUGCUUCUAAAUCUGAGAUUAGACUAAAGGAAAAGGCCGUAGAACCUCCCAGUGUCUGUAAACCUGAGGCAGUAACGGGGGGGAAAGCUCCCGUACCACAGGAAACCCUCCUGUCCUCCAAAGCAGAAACAACCGGUGUGACACCACCAGGCCAGCUCUUCACGGAGACCCGAGCAGCAGCAGGCCCUGUAGCCAUACCGAAGACACAGUCUGAUUCAGCUUCAAAUGCCGUCUCCAACGCUUCAGCCUCAUCUCCCGUUUCACCUGCAGCACCGGCAGCGGUCAGAAAGCAGCCGGCUGCAGCUUCCACUCCAUCAGUUACAGAACUGACUGUUGGAGAGAGGAUAGGAAGUCUCCUAGUUCCACAAAAAAUCAGUUGUAUUAACAGGAAGGCCAUACAAUCACUAAAUGUAACUCCAAGGCUGUGCUUGAUAACCAAGCUGCCAACGCAUCGUUACACCGAAGACGACGUCGUACAGCUGCUCCAGAAAUUUGGAUUUGAGUACGAGGAUAAGAACAUUUACGUUAUUCCUCAGGCACGCAUGGCAUUUGCCCUCAUGCCAAGUUUCGAGAGCGCAAAGGGACUUUUCAUGGUUCCAAGACACAACUUGAAUAUCGGCGGAUUUCAGCUUGACGUAGACAUCGUCAGCAGUGGGAUUUUGAUGACACCAUUUGAAUUUUAUAAAUCUCUGAUGGAAAAGAUGGAUCAUAAAGUGGCAGAUGAUGGAGAGAGUACAAUCUACAUCCAGAACAUCGAUUCAGACGAGGCCGGGGCUCUCAGGGAAACUUUAAAAAGAAUCAAGUGUGUAAAGAACUACCUGCCUCUGCUCAACAAGGUGUUUGUUGAGUUUGAGUCCGUCCGCGACGCCGAUCGGAUCGGAGUUUGGUACAGCCUCCGGAAGCACUGUCCUCCUCACAUCUUCAGGAUGAAAAUGCCUCGAAGCACCAGCAUAGCACCUGCUCCCCGGCUGGCAGCGAAUGCUUUACCUGACAGUGAAGAUUUGGUUUCCGGGGUGAUCGCCCCCACUACAAACUUUGGUGUACCACCUGGCAGCUUGCCACCGUUUUCCGUCACCUUGUUGACGUAUCCAUUUGUCUUCCCAACACUUUCUCCGUGGUUCAUCAUCCCACCUUUUUUGUCAGUGGAGAGACAGAAAGGUGUUUGGGUGUCUGUCUCCAAGUUUAACAGACUGUCCACGGUCAUGUUGACGGGUUUACCAGAAGGAAACUACAGACACGAGGACGUGGCAAAGCUGGUGUGGCAGCAUUUCCCCAAUAAGAACCUCCAGACUCUCUUCUACAACAUCCUGGUCCUUCCACUGCAGCGGAGGGCUUUUGUGUAUUUCGGCAACCAUUCGGCGUGCACAAGUUUCGUCCACAAUUCCCUCAAAAAUCCUCUUAGCAUCAAGGGCAACAAGCUGUCCAUCCACCUGGUCCCGCAGCGCAUGGGCCCUAGGGAGUGUGAGGAGGCCAUGUACACAACAAUGAUGAAAUGGAGCAAUGCUCACGUUCCAAAGCUCGGGUCUCUGUCGGAGCGGCUGCUGUGUCUGGAGCUCUAUGAGACGUCCGUCCAACUCAUCAUUGCACUCAUGAAAAAAGUGACGGACAUCGCUCCUAUUGUCAGCUUCUUGCCGCUCGCCAACAGGCUCUGCAUUGAGAUGUCUGAACCCAGUGGUGUAACAACCGUGUUGGAGAAGAUCGCAGGUUCACGUGCAGAUUGGUGCAGAGUCCGGCGUGCUGAAUCCUGUGAGAGCCUCAGACAGCGUCUCCAGGACUGCAGUGGGAUCACGGUGGACCUUGAUCAGGACACCGAAGGCGUUGAUGUUUUAAAAAGUGGACCACUGCUGCAUCCAGCUAGACUCCCUGAGAAAACGCCACAGCUUGCUCCCCAAGGGCCUGCGCCUCGUCACCUACAUGUCCCAGCUCCAAAAGAACAAAACGCCUCGGCAACGCAGACUCCUCAAACGUCCAGCCAGAAAACAGCUGUGAUGGGAGGGAAUGAGAAGACGGAGCAGACUGCAGUGAAAACUUUAAGUGCUCCGUCUACAUCUGGUUUAGAAAAACAACCUGAUGCUCCUGGAAAGGGUCAAUCUGAAGUGGUCCUUCAGGACACGAUUGGGGCUUCUGGGAGGAGAAACGAAACGGCUCCUGGAAUAAAGGAACCGGCUGAACCUGUUAAAGCUGAGCCAGAGGAAGUCAAAGUUCAAUCAAAGGAGGUCAAAGAGACCAAAUCAGUAGAACUGGUGAAAAGAGAAGCACCAGAGAAUGUGGAGGUGAAAGGUUCUGCUGCAGUCUGUGAAGGUCUAACACCAACCACACCACCUGAACCUCCUACUGGUCCGCCUCAGAGACCACUGACCACCUUAAAACCCCAACAAACCUCAGUGAAAGCUUCUUCUGAGGUGCAGAAACCUGUGGAACCAAAUCCUGAGUCCACCACUCAAAAACUGGAGACCACAACAGCAGCUUCACGGGAGCAGCAGCAGAAAACUGGAAACUCGGAUCUUGUGGAAGCUGGAAUAAAUCCAACAUCAAAAGCUGUCAAAGUUUCAGCUGUGGCUCCUGAAAAAACAUCAUCUGCACAAACCGAGUCAAAACAGCAAUCUGCUGCAGCAGGAAGUCAAAAGCAGAUGAAUCCAACCACAUCAUCUGCUCCUAAUUUACACCUGACUCCUGGAGAGAAGCUAAAAGAAUACCAGGCUUUGGACAAACUCCGCUGUACUUCUUUGAAGUACCCUACCAUCUUCUCAGAACAUGUUUCUUCGAUACACAUCUGUCUCGCGAUAACCAACUUGUCAAAGUUCAACAAUGGCUGCUACACAGAAGCUGACAUCAUCAAAUUGCUUCAAAAAUAUGAGAUUCAGUGUGAAGAAAACAAACUUUUUGUCCUUCCUCAUAUUCAUAUGGCUUUUGUUCUUUUCCCAGAUGUGUCAAAGGUGCAGACUUUAUUCAAAGUGUCUGAGCAAGUAAAGGCCAAGAGUGUUGUUCUCAAAGGGUCCGAACUCAGCGUCUUUGCUUUCUCCCUUCCUAAUAAAAGUUUUCUUUCGUUUUACGAAUUUCUGAAGCGUCUCGCAACCUUUAAAAAGCGGAAGGGACCCCGAGACAAAACAAGUAUAGUUUACGUUUGGAGUAUCUCGCAAAGCGAAGCUGCACAUCUCAGGCAGGCUUUAAGAAAAAUCGGCGGAUUGAUGAACUAUCAGCCAAUGCUCAACAAGGUUUUGGUGGAAUUUCUGACAUCUUUGGAUGCUGACCGGUUUGGAAUUUGGUGCAGCUUCCUAAAGCCGUGUUUUUCCUACAGCGUGUUCAGGAUGGGUGUGCCAUGCCCCAACACUCCAAACGUUUUGCCGUCACUGUCGGUACUGGCUUUGUCGGACAGAGAUGUCACCGUAGCCGGGGCAUCGUCCCCAAGUUCACCGAUGGGCAUUCCAGUGGGCACCGGCACAACUUUUUGGGUUACCAUGACAACCAAUCCUUACGUUUACCCCACCGGGCUGCCGUUGUUCAACAUCCCAGCUUUUCGCACAGUCACUCCGCGAUCACAAAUAAAGCACCUCGAGCCUGUGAGGCUCUAUCGCCUGAAAGUCAUCAUGCUGACGGGGUUGCCACCGAACAUUUACACGCAGGAGGACUUCGCCAAGCUGGUGUGGAAGCAUUUUCCUGAGGAGAAUCUUGACCCUCUGGACAACAACGUGAUGUUUUUACCGCUGCAGAGGCGGGCCUUUGUGUAUUUCAGCGGGUGGGAAGCUUGCUUCAGCUUUCUUGAAAGUUACAUCAGAAAUCCAUUUUACAAAAGAAACUACAAACUGUGCGUCCAUUAUGUCUUAGACAACAUCUUCCUGAACACCAAUGAGGAGACCGUGUACAGAGUCCUGAUGAAAUGGAGCAACAGUUAUGUUUCUGACGUGAAGUCUUUGGGGGAGCGGCUGCUGUGUGUGGAGGUUUCAGGAAGAGGUAUUCCCUUCGUUUGCACCGUCAUGAAGAGGGUGGCUAGCAUCGCUACGUUUGUCAGCUUCCUGCCGCUGGCUAACAGGAUUUACAUCGAGAUGGCUGAAUCCAGCGGAGUAACAAAGGUGGUGGGGACCCUGUCUGCGUCCAAAUCGUCUGAACAGUGUGAAACGUGGAAGCAGGUUGGACGCGUUGAGUCCUUGAAGAGUAGAAAACUCCGUCUUCAAGACUCUAAAAGGACUGCAGUGAACCUUGAACUGAGCAACGUUGGCGUCCACUCUGAAUCCACCGCUGAUAAAGAGGCACCAAAAACCGGCUGGGAUCAUGCUGAGCUUGGAUCCUUGGUGUUGGAUCCUGCAGCAGCAACAGGACUGAGCAGCACAGCGAUGGAGGAGGAGAGACGUGAAACCGAGGUCCCAGUCUGCAGCAUCACUGAUCUGGGAACAGCAGAGGAGAAGAAAGAGGAGUCUGUAACCAGCUCUUCUCCAUCACCCACAAGUCUGGCUCAGCCUCAGGCCGAUCUUCCACCGAUCGACAGUAGCAGCUUUAGGGCUUUAAAAGAAGUUAUUCACCUGUACAAACUCCAUCACAGCAAACAGGUUCAGGAGGCUACCAAAGACGUUCGUUCUUCAGAGGUUUGUGACAAGACAGAUUUGAACUUUGAGAACUUCAUUACAAUUGACGAAAUUAAUGAAGACGAGGUGGACAAAGAUGUGUCUCCCUCAUCGAAGCCAACUUCCAGAGAUUCAGAAGAGGCUUCAAAACCUACUUCAUCCUCACCCAGCUCCACAGAUGCCAGCCCGUCUUCUACAGAGCUUCAGAAACACCCGCUUGAACCCAACAAGUCCCAAACAAAUCCUUCAUCUUCUGCCAAUAAUACAUCUCCCUUCGUCCCUUCUUCAAAGUCCGUAGAACCAAGCGUUUCUCCUGGUCUGAAAGCUCAGCCGAUUAGAGCGAAGACUCCUAAAAGAGCGUCACAGGCGUUACCCACAGGUCGGGUAACUCGCUCGUCAGCAGCAGCGGUUAAAACAUCUGUAGAAACGCUACGGUCACAUCAAAAGGAAGGUGAGCCUCCUGGGGGUGCAAUGGCUGAGGCGUCGGCGGAGAGCAGCACUGAAACAUCGGACAUACGUCCACCAUCACCCAGGGACAAGCUAGAAACAGUCCUCAAAGAUGUGAAGACCAGAAAAGAAAAGGAUGAAGGUAAAAGUACAGAGGUGACAGAAAAGAGUGAAGAGGAUGACCUGGUCAUUAGUUCACUAGAUGAACAGAUGAAUAAAGUGAGCAACGAGGAAACCCAGAAACCUCGAUCUGAGGGAGACCAAGUCUCACAAAAUGAGUGUCUUCAUGUCUCAGAGGUUAAUAAAGAUCAAAUUUGCAGUGAGAUAAAAAAUGCUAAACACGAAUCGGCUACGGCGCAACAGGAAGAAGGUUCUCCUCCAAAACCAGACCAGGCAAUGGAAGAGAACCAGAAUGUACCAGUAAACCAGGACGAGUCCCAAACAGAGGAUGGAGAGAAAGUAAAGGACUUUCAAGAGGAGUCCGUCCCAAAAAUGUCUGCUAGAAGAUCUAGUAGGGGAACCAAAGGUCUGAAGACCUCUCCAGACAAAGUGACAAUCGUGACGAGGUCCACCAGAGGACGAAGGACAAUGACGGCUGAGGAAUCUGAAGAUGGGGAAAAGAAUGGAAAAGAAAAAGAGACUCCAACGAGACCGGGGAGGACACUUGGCAGGAAUGAACAGCAACUAAACAAUGAGGACACUCCAAAGGUGAAGGACAUCACACCAACAAACAAAACCAACACUGAUGGAGACACGGAUGGGCCAAAAACCUCGCUAGAGGUCUCGGGGGAGUCUGAAGAAGAGACUAAACAAGCUGCAAGCCCCAGGAAGAGAGGCAGACCCAGGAAGACAACCACAGUAGCAUCUCCUGUUCUGAACAAAAAGAUAGCGGAGCUCGUCGAACCAGAAGCAAAGAGAUCUCGUUCUCGGUCUCCUCGUGUCAGUGCAGACUUCAAACUGCCUCCAUUCAGCCCUGAUAAACCUCUCGGUACGGAGUUUGUGAGUCGUAAAUGGGGUUAUUUCUGUAACCUCUGCUCCGUUUCCUACAUGAGUGAGGGUGCUACCGGGGACCAGCACUGCAGAAGCCAGACUCACGCUGAAAACCUGCAGAGAUAUCAGCAGGCGCUGGAACGAAAAUCGAGAAUAUCGACACGAAAGACUUUUUGACUAAUCGACUUGUUUUGUUGUUUAUAAUGUCAAUCUACUUUCUGCCCUUUGCCUUCUUUUUUGUGUUUUCCACUGGAAAGACCAUUUUCUGUGUUACAAAACGAUAUCACGUUGUUACUCGGAAGCUUUUGUCAUCUUUGGAAAUAUUUUCUAAACUUGCACCUUCUAUCUGACAGAACAUUAUCUUUUAUUUAAACAGCAGAAAGUUAUUUUUAUUUUUUAAUAAUGUGAUUUUACCAAAGAUGUUUCUACAAAAAUCUAAAUAUUAUAUUUUUGAUUUACAACUUAAAAUGAAAAUAAGUUUCUGACAGUAUUGAUUGUUUUCUGAAACAAACUCUUGUUUACUGAUUGAGCCAUUUGGACUUGAGUUGGAGUGAAUUUUUAAUGGUCCUGCAUGAUGAGCGAUUUCUGUUUGUUGUCUUAAUAAAACAGUUGUUUGAGUAUUGGUUGCUACUUGAAAUAAAGAUUUUCCUCAAACAUUA